GAUGAUAUUUCACUCCCACAGGAGGUGGCGGUUUGCAAAAUGUGAAGCUCAAACUAAAAUCUGAAGAUUCUGUUUCUUUUAGGACUGAAAGAUGGAGAGAAACACUUCAUUUUACUGGAGUGUUUACCGUGGAAAAUAAUGGAUGUACAUUUUCUUAUAAUCAAUUAGAAAGGAUGAACCAGAACAUCAAACAGAAACUCAGCAAAGCAUGUGAGGAGACAGGCAUGAAAUGGUUAGACGCCUUGCCUCUGGCCCUUAUGUCAAUCAGGAGCUUGAUUAACCGAGGGACAGGUUUCUCCCCAUUUGAGCUGAUCCAUGGCCAUCAGUUCCCGGGCCCAGGAGCCCUGAGCGUAGGAAAGGAAGUAGAGCUCAUGAGUUCGAAACCUUAUUUCCAGCAAUUUGAGGGGUGGGUAUCAUGCUUUUCCACACAGGUUGCUGACGCCAAAGGGGGACCCGAGAGGCACAAGGCCAACACAGCGGAGUUCGUCUGGCUGAAGGUCAUCAUGCCUAAGUGGCUCAACCCCAGGUUCUCCGGCCCCUACAGAGUGACUCAGAGAACCUCCCAUGCCGUCCGCCUAGAAGGAAAGGGGGACAACUGGUACCACUGGAGCCAGUGUGCGGCGGGGAAACCUCCUGCUAGGACCCUAGACGACAUCGGGACGGACGUGGCCCUCACAGAGGAAGUCGACUCGGAAGCCGCCAUCAGAGGACAGGAGGAGGACACCGAGGACAUCCCUUCAGCAGACAACUCGGAAGCAGCCAUCAGUGGACCGGAGGAGCAGGAUCCUGAGGACAUCAUCCAGCAGAUGGCCCAGAAGCUGCAAUCAGCAGGCUGGGGGACAUCACGAGGAAGCAGAGGAGUCUACUUCUCUCUGAUCAGAUUCAUCAGUUCCACCAUUGAAGGAAAAGCUGCUCCUCCCCCUCAGUACCAAAUGCCCUUGUUGGCCUAUGCGGAGGGAGAGGACGAGUAUGAUGGCUCAGUAGACAAGGAUGCAGUUUUUUAACAUAUUUUGGUCUCUCUCCACUGUCAUAAGAAGUUGUUAUGAUGGGCUGUUCCCAAAUGUUUAAAGGGCUCUAAAUCCCAGCUUCUGAUGGAUUUAUAUAAUGUUGGGGGACGGACACAGUGGAAAAGAAUGACAGUAGUUAUGUUUCAAAUGCCUUGAAAUUAGAUCAAAAGGGGGAAUUGAAGUAAAGUGUUACAGCAGAAAGCUUAAUACAGCGUAUUUCUGGUAUAUUCAUUUUAUGUCACCUGAUAUAUAAGAAGUGUGUUAAAUUUCAAUGGACAAAGUACAUUUGUUCCUCUUAAUUAUAGAGAGGUUUUUUAUAUAUUCCUGAAACAAUGUCCCCUUUUUAGUAAAAGUAGAUUAGCGCAAUAGUCUUUUCUUCCACUUUUAUGUAUAAUCAAAAGUUGUUUUAUUUGGCUAUUUGUGAGUAGGUAAGGUAUAGUAUAACCUGUGAUUUCUGCCUUGAGUGAAAAGAUUACCCGUUAAGUAUUUUUCAGAAAGUCUUGUUGCAGUUUCCAGAUAUCAGGAGAGGCCCCUGAGUCUCUUUGUUAAUCAUCAAUGGUCUUUGCAAUUAACAGGGGAACUCCAAGAGAGAUCUUCCUCAGAUAUAAUCCAGUUAAAGUCUUGUUAGUUAAUGAUUCAUUUCCUGCAAGGCUCAUAAAGAGGCCUGGAGACAAUAGUCGGCCUGAAUGAUCAAUAUAUGUAUACAUUCCAAGUACUAAAUUGCUACAACAUUGUGGAGUGGUUGGCUUAAACAUGCUCAAUUACUCUGUAUGAAGUAGGAGCAGUUUUGCAUGAGGAGACAUUCUUAUUUAAACACGGCAUGUCAAGUAUCAGGGAAGUCUACAUGUCUUAUAUAUAUGUGUGUGUUUAAUUACUUUGUAUCAAUAAUGGCAGUCUGUGUAACAAGAAGCUGGAAAUAUGAGAAGUGAAACCUUUGGAAGUAAGAUGUGAGCGAGGGGAUAUCUUUAUUUAGACAGCUCUGAUCUCUGGAAUGCUGCAGGAUAAAAUGAGUGUGUGUUACACAUGCUAAGGGAAAUGAGAGUGCGUUCUCUAUAUAUGUUUAUGUAGAGUUCUACUAUUUCACUGCUUGAGAGCAGAGGUAAUGUUUUCCUCGUUAUUAUUGAUAUUAAGGUCAUUUACAUGUAUUGCUUGUAUUGGACAACUAUAUUUUAGAUAUAUCUAAAAGAGGCCCAGAGUAUGUGAGACUGUGUGGGUUAAACUGAUGGGGGAGGGGGAGCAGAGAAGGAAGUAUAUGGAAUGUGUGUGUGUGUCCAAACUGCAAGAAUGUGAGACAGCGAACACCAGAUUUGUUUGUUUUGCCACAAACGUAAGAGACUCUUGUUUCCGGGUCAUCUCGGCUGGCUAGCGCUGAUUCGCUGCGACAGGCUGUCGUUUUUAUAUCGCCCAAUAGAUGACCUGUAUGGGAGGAGCAUCCACACAACUCCUCCUGUUGUUUCUAACUACAUGAAGCCCUGUUGUGUCCUUGUGUCCGGUCUCUGUUCCUCCUGCCGUCAAGAUAGUAAGGUCUCCCAGCACUAGGACCAGAGCAGGGGCGUCGCUUUAAAAGUGUAUUGUUGUUGUUUACCAUUAAAGCAGAUUAUUGUUUAACCCUUUAUCUGGUGCUUUGAAUUCCUUCUUUUAUAAAUCUGACUAGCUCAUCAAAGGACACACGCGGAGCCGAGGUGGGUUUCAGACCACUCUUUGCUCCAACAGUCUCCAGCAGGAAACCGCUUCGUGGAUGAUCAAGGUGCACUGCGUCGCCCACAGGCUUGAGCUGUGCCUGAAGGGUGCUUUUAAAGAUUCAUACUUCACACAGAUUGACGAGUAAGCUCAUGCGCCUCUACUCCCUGUACCGUCGUUCGGGCAAGAAAUGGAAGGAGCUCAAGGCCAUUGGAGAGGCUCUUGAAGAGCAUGUCAUGAAGCCAAGUCACUCUCAGGGAACAAGAGUACGGAGACAGUGAGCUGCGUAAGCUCUGUGAGCAUGGUGGAGAGGGAAUGGUUAAAAGCCAAAUAUGAUAUUGUGCAGCACCACAAGAGGGAGGCUUUCCUUGUGCUUUGGCAGAGGAUGCUGACUGAAAAGGAGAGCAAGUACCCUAACUUACUCCAUGUCGUCAGGAUCGUCCUGGUAUUCCCUGUUUUCACAUCUCAAGUGGAGCGCCAGUUUUCCACAAUGAAGCGUAUGCAAGGAGACUGGCGCUUUAGGCUGAACACCUCGACCAUCGAGGAUCUCCUUUUUCAAAUCCGAGGGCUGUGACCCUGUUGCAUAUGAGAGCGAGGAGGCGGUGGCAAGAUGGUGGGCAGCUGGCCUCUUGAGAAAGAGACCAAACAUUCAACCAUAUGGGCCAAGACUGAACUUCAACCCUGACCCACAGGCAGCUAGCCCUACUCCACCUACCUCCCUAUGUCCAUCCUCAAAUGAUGAUGAGUCAGAUUAAAGAGACUCUCUCGUACAUGUACACACAUACACAUACACACUUUUGCAUUCCAAAGUAUUGCUUGUUCUUACAGUUGAAUGUUUGAGCUUCACUGUGCACUGCUGAAUGAUUUAUAUGCAGAGUUUAACCCUUGAAGGCUGUUUCUUCUGCUCUGAAAUUGAAUAUAUGUGUUACAUAUUAAUACAAAUGUUGAUUUGAUUUUGGAUUUCUGAAUGGGAGAAGUAGUAGAUAGAAAACAUACCAAACACUAAUUAUUCAAAGUAGAGUAUUUUAUUUUGUAUACACAGUAAUACUCUAAAAGGAGGCAUAGGACUAUAUGAUGAUUUGUUUGACAUUAAAAAAGUCUCCAAGCUCCAAAUCCUAA